AUGGAUCUAACCCUCGACGAAUGGAAUCAAGCGCUUGAGACACUCCAAGCAGCUGCGAAGCGCGUUCGUGCCGACUGCGACUUGCUACUCACUAAGAAUGUUGGUGGCGAAAAGGAGGUCCCCAGUACCGGCGACAAACCCAUAAAAGACAAGAGCUGCAGUGGCAAAGUCCUCGUUCGACAAGUACCGGCGACAAUAGAGGACGUAAUUGAGACGCGGAUAGCAGUGGUGGGCAAUGUCGACGCAGGGAAGAGCUCCAUGCUUGGCGUGUUGGUUAAGGGAGACCUUGAUGACGGUCGAGGAAAGGCUCGAGUGAAUCUGUUUCGACACAAGCACGAGAUUGAGACAGGUCGAACUAGCUCUGUGGGGAUGGAAAUCAUGGGCUUCGAUACUGUGGGACAAGUUGUCACCUCUGACAUCCCUGGACGAAAACUCUCGUGGGAAGAGAUAGGAAAGCGAAGUGCCAAGGUUAUCACUUUCACCGACUUGGCAGGCCACGAGCGGUAUCUCCGAACAACGGUUUUUGGACUGCUUUCGAGCAGCCCUAACUAUUGCCUGCUUAUGGUUGCAGCCAAUAACGGGCUCAUCGGAAUGAGCAAAGAACAUCUGGGAAUUGCACUGGCUCUUAAUGUCCCUGUCAUGGUGGUUGUCACCAAGAUCGACAUUUGCCCGCCCAACAUUCUGGAGCAGACAAUAACCCAGAUCACCAAGAUCAUGAAGAGUCCUGGAGCACGCAAGAUUCCCACCUUUAUCAAGACUCGCGAGGAAUGCAUAAACACGGCAACUCAGUUUGUCAGCCAACGGAUAUGCCCCGUGUUCCUCGUGUCCAACGUGACAGGAGAGAAUCUCGACCUUGUCAGGACCUUCCUGAAUAUCCUGCCUCACCACGGACGAUAUAACUCGGAGGCACCGUUUGAGUUCCAUGUCAAUGACACGUUCUCAGUGCCUUUCACUGGUACAGUGGUGUCGGGUAUUAUCAAGUCUGGGGUGGUUCACGAGGGAGAUAAUGUUCUCAUUGGACCCGACUCUUUGGGUCAGUUCACGCCGACUGCUAUCCGCUCUAUUGAGCGCAAGAGGAUAAGAGUCCCUGCUGCAUCGGCAGGGCAGUCUGCCUCUUUUGCUCUCAAGAAGGUCAAGCGCAAGGAUGUGAGAAAGGGAAUGGUUGUGCUCCCCAAGAUUGAGGGUCAGCCUACGCCCAAGGUGCACCGAGAAUUCAUUGCAGAGGUGCUCAUUCUCUCUCACGCGACAACUAUCAAGACCAAGUAUCAGGCGAUGCUUCACGUCGGCCCUGUCUCACAGACGUGUGCUAUCAUCGACAUUGACCGCGAGCUCAUCCGAACUGGUGACCGCGCAACCGUUGCAUUCCGCUUCGUUCAACGUCCAGAGUACCUUGCACCGGGCGACAGACUUUUGUUCCGCGAAGGCCGUACCAAGGGCUUGGGCAUUGUCAAGUCAGUCGGAUACGACCCUGAGCAUCCGCUGAUGUCGAAUAAGAACGACGAGGAGAAGAAGAGUGAACCGGUCAGUGCUGAAGUCAGCGUCGGCGCCUAA